AUGACUGCUGUUCUAUUUCUAUGCUUCCUCCUCCUCUUCUGUUUCUCCUUCACCCCUUCUUUACAAAAAGUCAGCGAGUCCGAGCCGCUCGUGCGGUUCAAGAGCUCGGUGAAUAUAACCAAAGGGGACUUGAACUCAUGGAGAACAGGAACCGAUCCAUGCAAUGGAAAAUGGUUUGGGAUCUACUGCCACAAGGGCGAAACAGUUUCAGGCAUUCACGUAACCCGGCUCGGUCUCUCUGGGGUCAUCAACAUCGACGACCUAAAGGAUCUUCCGAACCUAAGAACAAUCAGGCUCGAUAACAAUCUCCUCUCGGGUCCACUCCCUCCUUUCUUUAAGCUUCAUGGCUUGAAAUCGCUCUUGCUUUCAAACAACACCUUCUCAGGAGAGAUCGCAGAUGAUUUCUUCAAGGACACGCCACAGCUCAAGCGGGUGUUUCUCGAUCACAAUCGUUUCACUGGCAAAAUCCCUUCAUCCGUGAUGCAACUCGCCGGCAUCGAGGAGAUUCACUUGCAAGGAAACCAGUUCUCUGGUGAGGUACCUCCGCUUACAGAUAGCAACAAGAUUCUAAAAUCCCUUGACCUAUCCAGAAAUAACCUAGAGGGAGAGAUCCCAAAGAGCAUAGCAGAGAGAAAGAAUCUAAAGAUGAACUUCGAAGGGAACCAGAAGCUUUGCGGGCAACCGCUGAAUAACCAAUGCGAAGACACGCCGUCAUCCACAGGUAAAGAACAGAACGAGGCCACGGUGAAAGCAAUCUUUAUAGCCAUCUUCUUUCUUUUGCUCUUCCUGGUCAUAGUGGCCAUUGUAGCGAGAUGGAAGAAGAAGAGGCAGCCCGAGUUCCGGAUGCUCGGCAAAGACCAUCUAAGCGACCAAGAAAGCGUCGAAGUCCGCGUGCCAGACUCCAUAAAGAAGCCUAUUGAGUCAAGCAAGAGGCGGAGCAACGCAGAUGGUUCCACUAAGAAAGGUUCAACGCAUGGAAAAGCUGGAGGAGGUGGUCCCGGAGGAGGCGGCAUGGGAGACAUUAUAAUGGUGAACAGCGAGAAAGGCUCCUUCGGUUUACCUGAUCUCAUGAAGGCUGCCGCCGAGGUUCUCGGAAACGGUAGCCUUGGAUCGGCCUACAAGGCGGUGAUGGCCAACGGGUUGUCCGUGGUUGUCAAGAGGAUUAGGGAUAUGAACAAGCUUGCGCGUGAAGCAUUCGAUGUCGAGCUCCAACGGUUUGGGAAAUUACGACAUCCUAACGUUCUUACCCCUUUAGCUUAUCAUUACCGCCGCGAAGAGAAGCUUGUCGUCUCUGAAUACAUGCCUAAAAGCAGUCUACUCUACGUUUUGCAUGGAGAUCGAGGGAUUUAUCAUUCGGAGCUAACUUGGCCAACAAGGUUGAAGAUCAUACAAGGAGUGGCACGUGGGAUGCAAUUCUUGCAUGAGGAGUUUCCAUCCUACGAGCUUCCACAUGGAAACCUAAAAUCAAGCAACGUUCUAUUAAGCGAAUCCUACGAGCCACUGAUCAGUGAUUACGCAUUCCUCCCGCUACUUCAGCCUAGCAACGCCGCGCAGGCUUUAUUCGCGUACAAGUGUCCCGAGUAUGUUCAAAACCAGCAGGUUUCGCAAAAGUCAGACGUUUAUUGCCUCGGAAUCAUCCUUCUUGAGGUCAUGACGGGGAAAUUCCCAUCUCAGUACCUAAGCAACGGUAAAGGCGGGACGGAUAUCGUUGAAUGGGUGCAAACGUCAAUCUCGCAGCAUAAAGAAGAAGAGCUUAUCGAUCCAGAGAUAGCGAGUAAUACUGAAUCGUUGCAACAGAUGGUGGAAUUGGUUCGGAUCGGGGCUACUUGUAUUGCAAGUAACCCCGAUGAUAGAGAAAGCAUGAAGGAAACUGUUAGGAGGAUAGAACGAAUAAAGAUUUGA